AUGGUGUUCUCUAGAGAUCUCCCUUCUCCUGCAUCAAUUUUCUCUACCUAUGCAUCAAUGAUGGGAACCUUCAUGAUGCUCCAACAAAUAGUUCACACGAUAAUUCCAGAAUGGGUACAAAACUUCGUCGUCUCUUAUAUAAGAUCUUUAGUCGGCUCUCGUUCAUCGACUCUUACGCUCAUCAUCAAUGAGAGAGACGGGACUGAGAGAGAGGGUUUUAUGAUGCAAAACGAGCUCUAUUCCGCGGCUCAGGCUUAUCUCUCAAGCAAGAUAAGCCCUGAUGCAUCAAAGCUAAGGAUUACUAGAGACCCUAACACUAAGGACGUCAGCUUAUAUCUAAGCCAAGGAGAGGUUGUCUCCGAUAUAUACCAAGGCAUUGAGAUCAAGUGGCGAUAUUUAGAAGGUAGCAAACAAAUGCCGGUUGAAGAUGGAGGACAAGAUCAAGGAAACUUCAACUGGGAAUGCUUCGAGAUGAGCUUCGACAAGAAACACAGAGACUUGGUCUUGAACUCUUAUGUACCUUAUGUGGAGAAGGAGGCAAAACUGAUCAAGAACGAGAAGAGAAUUCUCAAGAUGCACUCCUACUCUGAAAGUCAUUACAGAUGGGAGUCCGUGAACUUCGAGCACCCUUCGACAUUUGAAACGAUGGCUAUGGAUGAUGAGCUCAAGCGUUCUGUGAUGGGAGAUCUUGAUCGGUUCAUCAAAAGGAAAGAUUUCUACAAUAGAGUUGGAAAAGCUUGGAAGAGGGGUUACUUGUUGUACGGGCCACCAGGGACCGGGAAGUCUAGUCUUGUGGCAGCUAUGGCUAACUACCUCAAAUUUGAUAUCUAUGAUCUCCAGCUCGCAAGCGUGAAGGGGGACGCGGCUCUAAGGAGGUUGCUUCUCUCCACUAAAAACAGCUCCAUUCUUGUUGUAGAAGAUAUAGACUGCUCCGUUGAUUUGCCUACAAGGUCCACACCCCUUGGUGGUCUCGAGGUUUGGUCUUGA